UUCUUCUAUUGCUGUGGCAACGCUGUGCAUUAAUUGUCAGAAACAAAAUGACUCACAUAAAAUUAAAAAAAAACUAAUUUAAAUAGUAUAAAUUGGCAAGAUUAAAAAGUCGACAGUGCAAUGGGCUUAUUUGGAAAAACCUCCAGUAGGGAUCCCAAAGAGCAGGUACAAGAAUGGACCCACAAGUUACGGAAGGAGGGUAACCAGCUGGAUCGCCAAAUUCGGAGUAUCCAGAGGGAGGAGGAGAAGGUAAAGCGUUCCCUUAGGCAGGCGGCCCAGAAAAAUGACCGCGAUACCUGCGUCAUUCUUGCAAAGGAGAUUGUAAACGCGCGGAAGGCUAUUAACCGCAUAUACACGUCUAAGGCGCACCUCAAUUCCAUCCAGAUGCAGAUGAAAAACCAGCUAUCCACUUUGCGAGUAGCGGGAUCCCUGCAAAAGUCCACAGAGGUCAUGCAGGCCAUGCAGAGUCUUGUACGAUAUCCGGAGCUGGCCGGCAUCAUGCGCGACAUGUCCAAGGAAAUGAUGAAGGCCGGUAUUAUAGAGGAAAUGCUGGACGAGACCAUGGACUCUCUGGAAGAGUCCGAGGAGCUGGAGUUGGAGGCAGGGAAGGAGGUGGACAAGGUUUUGUGGGAGAUCACGGAUGGCAAGCUCGGAGAAGCUCCCCUGCCUCCCGAGGCAACUCCGGCGGACAAAGCGACUACAACUGUUGCUAGCGUCGAGGUUUCGGUUGUGGAAGAUGAUGAAGAAGGCGAAGAACUGCAGGAGAUGCAAAGCCGCCUAGCAUCGCUGAGAUCUUAGAAUAACUCUUUCAUCGAUUGCUAAUAGAUUUGAAAUUAAGAGCAACUGAUUCCCAAUAGCGGGCUCUUUCAAAAUACUAAACGACAAAAACCCAUAAGCGCUUAAUUAUAGAAAUCAAAAUAAUCUUUAGAAACUAAUAUUCACUUUAUAUAUUUUAAGUGUACAGUGCAACCGCUCUAUUUGUGUUUAACUGCACGACUUAUACCAUUAAAUUUACAAAAGUUA